GCCAUGUUGUCGGAGCUGUGACGUAUCAGGUCUCCAUGGUGACGGCGGGGAUGGCGGCCUUGGUGCUGGGGGCGCUCACCGUCCUUUCCUUCAUCAGCCGCUUCUACCGCCUGGCGGAGCCGCCUCAUGUCUGCUGGGAUGAGACGCACUUCGGGAAGAUGGGAAGUUAUUACAUCAACAGGACGUUCUUCUUCGAUGUUCAUCCCCCCCUGGGAAAGAUGUUGAUCGGUUUCGCGGGUCACCUGACCGGUUAUAAUGGAUCCUUCUCCUUCCUGAAGCCCGGGCAGAGUUAUGACGGACAUUCCUACGUGGGCAUGAGAGGGUUCUGCGCCUUCCUCGGGGCCUGGCUCCCUCCGUUGGUCUUCCUGGUGGUCCUCCGUCUGUCGCGGUCGGUGGCGGUGGCGCUGAUCGCCUCUCUGCUGAUCCUCCUGGGUAAGGAGAUUCCUGUGUAGGGAUCCUCUUCCUUACUUUGCUGCCUCAUAUUUGGCUUCUA